AUGGUGUCCGUGGGUACUGUGUCCUGCCAGUGUUUCCCCUGGUGCCUGCCAAACCUUUCAGAAAUUGAAUGGGGCCACUGGACACCAGUACUGGAAUGUAUCCUUUCGGGCAUUAUGUCUGUGAACGGCAAGAAGGUCUUGCACAUGGACCGGAACCCGUAUUACGGCGGGGAGAGCUCCUCGAUCACACCCCUGGAAGAGCUCUACAAGCGCUUUGAGAUUGCUGAGGGCCCCCCUGAAUCGAUGGGCCGUGGCCGGGACUGGAACGUUGACCUGAUCCCUAAAUUCCUCAUGGCCAACGGCCAGCUGGUGAAGAUGCUGCUGUAUACGGAAGUGACGCGCUAUCUAGACUUCAAAGUGGUGGAGGGCAGCUUCGUCUACAAGGCGGGGAAGAUCUACAAGGUGCCGUCGACGGAGACCGAGGCUCUGGCAUCCAAUCUCAUGGGCAUGUUCGAGAAGCGCCGCUUCCGCAAGUUCCUGGUCUUUGUGGCGAACUUCGAUGAAAACGACCCGAAGACACUGGAAGGGGUGGAUCCACACACCACCACCAUGCGCGAGGUCUAUCGACGCUUCGACCUGGGCCAGGAUGUCAUUGACUUCACAGGCCAUGCGCUGGCACUCUACCGCACCGACGACUACUUGGAUCAGCCCUGCUUGGAGACCAUCAACCGCAUCAAACUGUACAGCGAAUCACUGGCCCGCUACGGCAAAAGCCCCUACCUCUACCCUCUCUACGGUCUGGGGGAGCUCCCUCAAGGCUUUGCCAGGCUCAGCGCUAUCUACGGUGGCACCUACAUGCUCAACAAACCAGUGGAUGAGAUUGUCAUGGAAGGCGGCAAGGUGGUGGGGGUCAAAUCGGAAGGAGAGGUGGCACGCUGCAAGCAGUUGAUCUGUGACCCCAGCUACGUGCCGGACCGGGUGCGCCCAGCGGGGAAGGUUGUUCGCGUCAUCUGCAUCCUGAGCCACCCUAUCCGAAACACCAAUGACUCCAAUUCCUGUCAAAUCAUCAUCCCCCAGAACCAAUUAGGGCGCAAAUCAGAUAUCUACGUCUGCCUCAUCUCCUCUGCCCACAACGUGGCGGCCCAGGGCAAGUACAUAGCCAUCGCCAGUACCACGGUGGAGACGGACUCUCCCGAGAGCGAAGUGCAGCCAGCUCUCGAUCUGUUGGAACCCGUCGACCAAAAGUUUGUGGCCAUCAGUGACAUAUAUGAACCAACUGAGGACGGGACUGAAAGUCAGAUAUUCUGCUCACGAUCGUACGAUGCCACCACUCACUUUGAGACGACAUGCGAUGACAUCAAAGACAUUUACCGGCGCAUGGCGGGGGCCCCCUUUGACUUUGAGAGCAUGAAACGGCGCCAGAACGAUGUCUUUGGCGAGGAUGAGCAGUGACCACUCCCCGUCCGUUCCUUCCCCCCCUCCCCCCCAUUUUUUCCUGUGCAAG